GGGGAUAAAGAAGCAAAGAGAUUAAAAGACAAAAUUCUGAGAUUACAGUAACAAUUGUACUAUUAAAGUCAAAAUAAAAAAUCGAAAUUGCGAGAUUUAAAUCAUGAUGAGAAAAAACGUCCGAUUAAAGUCAUAAUUGUGAAAACAAAUCAAAAUAAUGAGAUUCAAAAUCGUAAUAAUGACAAAGGAAAUUUAAAUGGUGAGCCAAAAGUUGUGACUGUGAAGUAAACAGCCAACAUUUGUCUCAUAACUUCGAUUCUUGAAACCCAUAGUUAUGACCUUACACUACUGACUUACAAAUAUAGAGCCUAUAGGUUUUUGUCUUGGUCUGCCAUACACUUUAGUCUUACUUUAAUGAAGUAUUUAACAUCGUGGUGUCGUCGGGCUUUGCUCGUGGGGACAGGCUGAGGCACUGUGUGUGUGUGUGUGUGUGUGUGUGUGUGUGUGUGUGUGUGUGUGUGUGUGUGUGUGUGUGUGUGUGCGUGUGUGUGUGUGUGUUUGUGCGUGGUAUCCUCCAGGACACACCUCCCCCUUAGAAUAAAGCCUUUUGCAAACUUCUCUCGGUCAGUCGCGAUACUUUUCACCGUUGGAACAAACUCCAGGCUGCUCACGACUUGAGAGACCAUGACUGAAGAAAAAGCCAGUGAGGCUCCUGAUGGAGACCCCAAGUCAGAUAAUGGAAUUCCUGAGGAAGGGGGUCCCCCCAGGGGGAAAUGGGCCAACAAAAUGGAGUUCAUAUUCUCCGUGUCAGGAGAGAUAAUUGGGCUUGCAAACAUUUGGUUAUUCCCAUAUCUGUGCUUCAAGAACGGAGGAGGUGCCUUCUUUAUCCCGUACUUUAUCCUCCUCUUCUUCCUUGGUAUACCCUUGUUCAUCCUGGAGACGGCGGUGGGCCAGUACACCAGCGAGGGCGGGGUGACCGCCUGGAGGAAGAUUUGCCCGGUGUUUGAGGGGCUGGGGAUGGCGUCCCAAGUGCUUGUGAUGUAUCUGAACAUCUACUACAUCGUGAUUUUGGCAUGGGCCAUCUUCUACUUGUAUAGCAGUAUCAAAAGCCCGCUGCCCUGGACCACGUGUGACAACUGGUGGAACACUGAGCACUGUUUCAGUACAUAUACGGCCUCUUAUGACCCCCAUUUUACUCAGCCUGACGCAGACUGGUCGUUCCUUCACAACGUCACCACCACAUCUGACUACCCUGACAACCUCACUUACACUGCUUUCUUUGACCACAAGUCAGCGGCGGAGGAGUUCUUUACUAAGCGUGUGGUAAGAAUGUCAGCGGAUAUGUCCCUGAGUAAUGUUCACUGGGACAUGGCUCUGUGUCUCCUGAUCGCCUGGAUUAUGUGUUACUUCUGCGUCUGGAAGGGAAUCAGAUCCACGGGAAAGGCGGUGUACUUCACUGUCACAUUCCCCUACCUGCUGCUGGUCAUCCUCUUCUUCCGUGGAGUGACUCUUCCAGGAGCCUGGGAAGGACUGAAGUAUUUCCUCAUGCCUGAUGUGGCAAUGCUCAUACAGCCCAAAGUAUGGUGUGAUGCAGCAUCUCAGGUGCUCUACUCCCACGCCCUGUGUCUAGGAGUGCUGACCUCUCUGGGAAGCUACAACAAAUACAACAACGACUGCUACAGGGAUUGCUUGGCGCUAUGCGUUCUGAACAGUGCCACCGGUAUCUUUGCUGGUGUGGUUACGUUCUCUUUUCUGGGAUUCAUGGCUCAAUCAUACCACCUCUCCAUGGAAGUGGUUGUUGAAAGUGGGAUUGGACUGGUCUUUGUAGGCUUUCCAAAAAUUCUGUCGACGAUGCCUGUCUCAUCUUUCUGGGCUGUGGUCUUCUUCCUCAUGAUCCUUUUCCUUGGCCUGGACUCUCAGUUCGUGUGCGUGGAGAGCCUGGCCACGUCCAUCACCGACAUGUUCCCACGUCACCUGAGGAGGCCGCAUGCCAGAGAGCUGCUGGUCCUGGUCAUUGCUGUGGUUUGUUUCCUGCUGGCGCUGCCACUCCUGACUGACGGAGGGAUGGUCCUCUUUCAAGUGAUUGACGUGUGCGGGUUCAGUAGAAUCACAUUCUUCAUCAUUGCCUUUUUGGAGACCACUGUCAUCGCCUGGCUGUACGGUGCGGACCGUUUCUGUGACAACAUCGAGGACAUGAUCGGGUACCGACCGUUCCCCGUGCUGAAGUACUGUUGGCUGUUCGUCACGCCGCUCAUCUGUGGACUCAUGAUGCUGUACAGCCUGACAGAAAGAAUGCAUUUGUAUGUGUACGGUUAUGAACCUGGCGAGUCGUGGCUCAUACUGGGCCGUCUGCUCAUGAUCACUCCUCUGAUGUGCAUCCCAUUAUAUAUUGUGAUCACCUUGUGUCGGAAUGGCAAUAACAUCACCACGCCGUCCAGCGCUCUGCGUCAGGCCCAACCACACAAGCCGAUUCUCAAGCUGUGUGAAUGCGUCAUCUUCAAGGCGCAGCGGCCGUCGAGCCGGAGCGUGGACAACAGAAAUGAAAAGAUGAUGAUGGAGGAGCACGGUGGAGUUUGAUGGUCAAUGACGACACCUACACAGACCUGCAGCACAUUAUUGUGCACAGAUGGUUGAAUUGUACAAGUCUGUACAACUUUUUUAAUUUCAAAAUGCAAACUUUUAUAAAUGUUUUCACCUUUUCAUGAGUAUUCGUGGAAAUCCUGUUAUGGGUUUUGUUGUUGGUAUUUUAGUCUUUACCUUAUUUUAGUUUGUUUAAAAAUAGGGUUAGGGUUGUAUUGUGAAAGUAACACACAAUAUACAUUUAUAAUCCUUUAUACUGUAAUGACCUGAAUUCACAAUAGGUAAUUCAAAAAAAAGGUAUCAAUCAUCGUCAUUGUUUCUUGCAUUCGUCUUUACGCACAGUGCAGUUAGGUUGGAAUUUCAGGUGCCUAAUGCUAACAGCUAAUGUAGCCUUGAGCUGCUAGCUUCAAGACACAUACAGACAUAUAUAAAGAUGUAUGAUGUGUCUGCACUUCCUCCCUGAUCAUGAGCAGGGCCCAGUCAAACAUGAGCAGGGCUCAGCUGAAAAUCAUGACAUUUUUACCCCCUUUUAGAGGUAUCAGUUACCUCUAAAAAAAAAAAAAAAACUAAAUUAUGAGAAAACCAAGCACCUGAGCAUAGGUCAAUGUGCUAAAACCACCUAAAAUUACAGAAAACAUAUCUGACAUGUACUUAAGAGUUUUUCAGUUUGGCACAUGACCCAUCUGAUAACAUGAUGGGGGGCAAGAUGUAUGACCUGUACUGCAGCUAGCCACCAGGGGUUGAUCAAGAUGUUUUGGCCUAUAUACCGUAUGUCACUGAUCAGCCUCUGGCUACAGAGAUCUGGUAAGCUCACCUCUUAACUCCACACCUCUAGAUUUUUUUGAUUUUCAAUCCUGCAGUCAGGCCCAACAGUUGCUGACUCAAGUGACAUCGAUUUAGGCGAUUUAUCAGACCUUGCACAGAUCCCAUCUGGAGCCUGAGGGGAUUCACGCAUAUCUUAACAGAUCCAGUUGAAUUUUCAAAUACCUAUAAAUGGCUUUACUACAUUAUCAGGGUCAAAACUGUUACAUCCUCCAGAAUAAUGUUGAUAGUAAUCAAAGAAAUUGUUAACAUGCAUUGCUUAAUGUGUUAUUUGCCUGUUAUUGUGCUAUUAAAUGUUUUUGUACUACCCAA